AGUUUUCCUGCCGGAAAACAGCUCGCCGCCGCGGCAAUUUACGACAUUGGCCGUGACAGGCCCUGGGAACAUCCGGCUUCCUCCCUUCACUCGAUCAAAAGCCGACGUGAUGUUCGGGGCCGGAGACGAGGAUGACACUGACUUCCUCUCGCCAAGCGGCGGUGCCAGGCUGGCUUCUCUUUUUGGACUGGAUCAAGCAACUACGGGGCAUGGAAAUGGAUUCUUUAAGUACACAGCCCCAAAGCAGCCUAAGAAAGGCCAGGGAAUAGCAGCAACAGGAAAUCAGACAGCACCCAAACCAGCAGCAGCCACUCCAGGCAUUUCAUCUGUGCUGUUUGCAACCGCAGUGCAUGCAUACCGAUACAUAAAUGGGCAAUAUGCAAAGCAGGGCAAAUUCGGAGCUGCCGUCCUGGGGAACCACACGACCAGAGAGUAUAGGAUUCUUCUUUACAUCAGUCAGCAGCAGCCAGUGACUGUUGCUACAAUUCAUCUGAACUUUGAGCUAAUGGUUCGGUCCAAUAACUACAGCACCUUUUAUGAUGACCAGAGACAAAACUGGUCUAUCAUGUUUGAGUCAGAGAAGGCUGCUGUGGCGUUCAAUAAACAGGUGUGUGUGGCCAAGUGCAAUAGCCAUUUUUCCUUGGAUACAGUGCUAUGUCAGGAUCUGGUUGCAGCAGAGGGUCCUGCAGUAGACAUUGGAGAUUCUUUGGAAGUAACCUAUACGGGCUGGCUCCUUCAGAAUCAGGUGCUGGGCCAGGUUUUUGACUCUACUGCUAACAAAGAUAAACCACUUCGCCUGAAACUGGGAUCAGGAAAAGUAGUCAAGGGCUUAGAGGAUGGACUGUUGGGCAUGAAGAAAGGAGGAAAACGGUUAAUUAUCAUCCCUUCAGCCUGUGCUGCUGGCUCUGAUGGAGUGAUAGGUUGGGCCCAGCCAACAGACUCAAUCUUGGUGUUUGAGGUAGAAGUUAGGCGGGUGAAGUUGGCUAGAGAUUUUGGCUCUGAUGGCCACAGUGUGAGCUCCAGGGACUCUGCAGCACCCUCCCCCAUACCUACUGCUGACAGCCUCUCAGGUGACCCUGUUGUGACACCACCCACACCACUGCCUCUCAAAUCUGGGGAGCCGGCUCUUCGUUCUAAAUCUAACUCUCUCAGUGAACAGCCUACUUUAAAUACAAAUCCGGAUACAGUCAAGGCCAAACUGAUCUCUCGGAUGGCUAAAAUGGGCCAGCCCAUGCUGCCCAUCCUUCCACCACAGCUGGAUUCCAAUGACUCAGAAACGGAAGAUGCGACCAUUUUACGAGGAGCUGGGCAGUCCCUGGUGACACCAUCUGUCCAGCCUUCUCUUCAGCCAGCCCAUCCAGUGUUACCACAGAUGGCCUCACAGGCACCUCAACCACCUGUUUCUGGGUUCCAAACACCCUCUGCUGCCUUGAUACAAGUUACACCCCUUGAUUCCCACUCAGCUGUAGCUGGAAAUGCUCAGAACUUCCAGCCCUGUGGAGGUGUGCAGGCCUGCACGUACCCCCAGGCAUGCUCAGUCACCUCGCAGCUGCAGCCUGUUCGGCCCUUGUACCCAGUGCCACCGUCCCAGGCUCUCCACUUUCAAGGGUCAGGUGACAUGAUGUCCUUUCUCAUGACUGAAGCUCGGCAACACAACACUGAAAUUCGAAUGGCAGUCAGCAAAGUGGCUGAUAAAAUGGAUCAUCUCAUGACUAAGGUUGAAGAGUUACAGAGACAUAGCUCUGGCAAUCCUAUGCUUCUUCCUAACAUGUCGGUCACAAUGGAAACAAGCAUGCUUAUGAGCAACAUCCAGCGAAUCAUUCAGGAAAAUGAGAGACUGAAGCAGGAGCUCCUUGAGAAAAGCAGUCGGAUAGAAGAGCAGAACGACAAGAUCAGUGAACUCAUUGAGCGGAAUCAGAGAUAUGUUGAACAGAGUAACCUGAUGAUGGAGAAAAGGAACAACUCACUUCAAACAGCCACAGAAAACACACAGGCAAGAGUAUUGCAUGCCGAACAAGAGAAGGCCAGGGUGACAGAAGAGUUAGCAGCAGCCACUGCACAGGUCUCUCACCUGCAGCUGAAAAUGACAGUUCACCAGAAGAAGGAGACAGAGCUGCAGGUGCAGCUGACAGAAAACUUGAAAGAGACAGAUCUUCUCAGGGGCCAAGUCAUCAGACUCCAGGCCGACCUCUCAGAGCUCCGAGAAGCCUCUGAGCAAACACAGUCCAAAUUCAAAAGUGAAAAGCAGAGCCGGAGACAGCUUGAGCUCAAGGUGGCAUCCCUGGAGGAAGAAUUGACUGACCUCCGAGCUGAGAAGGAGUCCCUGGAAAAGAACCUCUCAGAGAGGAAAAAGAAAUCAGCUCAAGAGCGCUGCCAGGCGGAGGAGGAGAUGGAUGAGAUUCGCAAGUCACACCAGGAGGAACUGGACAGACUUCGGCAGCUCUGGAAGAAGUCUCGAGUGUCCACAGACCAAGCAGCUGCAGAGCAGCUGUCUGUCACACAGGCUGAGCUGCAGAGCCAGUGGGAAGCAAAGUGUGAGCAUCUCUUGGCCUCUGCAAAGGAUGAGCACCUGCAGCAGUACCAGGAGGUUUGCGCGCAGAGGGAUGCCCACCAGCAGAAGCUGUCCUGCCUUCAGGAUGAGUGCUUAGCUCUCCAGGCACAGGUUGCGGCCUUCACUGCAGAGAAGGAGCAACUGAAGAACUAUACGUCCCAGGCACCUAUGGUCAGAGCUGCUGCUGACCCCUCAGAGAAGGUCAAGAAGAUCAUGAACCAGGUGUUCCAGUCACUGAGGGGAGAGUUUGAGCUGGAGGAAUCUUACGAUGGUAGGACCGUCCUUAGGACCAUCAUGCAUACAAUUAAGGUGGUGACUCUGCAGCUGUUGGACCAGCAGGAGGAAGAGCAAGGAGAAUGUAGCAGUGACGAUGCAGAAGAGAAGCCUUUGAGAUCUUCCUUGGAGCAGCCAGGUUCUGCCACUGCUGGGCUGUCUCCAGCACCCCUGAGUGGGGAGAUGCAGGAGGCUCCCAAGGUGCUAUCAGAACAAGUAGUAGGGGAGACCACCCCACUGCCUCCACAGGCCCUCCCUAUGCCACAGCAUGGUACACAGACAAGGAAAGAGGACUCUUCAGGAGAGAUACCCUCAGAAACGAAAGACAGUUCCCUCCCAUCUGAGUCAGCUGGCAUCUCAUCCCCCAAAGUCCUGGGGCCCCCAACUUCAAUCCCACCUAAACCUCCAGGACCUAUAAUUAUGGACUCUGAGUGUGAGGAACUACUUGCUGAUGACCAGAGAGCAGUGAAGUCCAACAACAAAUUGGGAGGAGAACAUGUUGGGGAAGUAGCCCCAGAUGGCCCACUGACUCCAGAUCCUGAGAAGGGGGAGCUACCAGCCUUAGACCCUGAAAACCCAGGAGGAGAACCUCAGCUUCCUGAGCACAAAGAAGUUGAGGAUGUCAGUAGUUCUGGUCCCCCUGAGGCAUUGCUGGAUAAAGAGCUUGCUUCUGCAGCUUCAAGAGCAUUCCUCAGUCAAAACCAGGAGGACUCCCAGCACUGCAGUCUCUCUGGGGAUGAAGAGGACGAACUGUUUAAAGGGGCAACUCUGAAAGUUCCAAGGCCCAAAGUCCAGCCUGAGGAGGAGGAUGAAGACGAGGUGAGCAUGAAGGGGCACCCGCCCCCAACACCCCUUUUUGGAGAUGAUGAUGACGACGAUGACAUUGACUGGCUGGGGUGAAGACCUAGGAGACAGGCAUGCAGGUUUCUCUCCCAGCCCUUUCCUAAGCAUGAUUUUGCACAGCCGGCCUCAGGGCGAGGUCCUGGUGGGCCCUCUGAGGACAGUGGUUCAGACGUCCGGUGAGCUGUCAUCUGAAGAGGAUCCUGAACCUGUCUGCAGAACUGGUGCUGUAAGAGCCCUCAGAGAGUGGCUCUACCAUGGAGGAAGGGCUAGGAGGGUCACCUGCAGCCAGUCACAAGCAUCCUGCCAUUUCACCCAGGCCGUGUAGCCUGGGGAGGGGUCUCCUCAGAGAAUUGAGAAAUCAUGCUGGCCUAGCCUGUGGCUCUGGGACAUGUAUCUUCUAUCUCUGCCUUAAAUCUUAGAGGUCAAUAAGUAUUUGGAAUUAACAAGACUAAAAUAAAUGCCUACAAUAAAACUUGGCCUGGACCCUUUAGGAGAAACUGAGUUUGGUUUCUAGGGCUAUCAUUCUCUUUCUUGGGAUCCUAAGGGUGGGAGUUGUAACUUGGUCAGUUAAUGUGCAUAAAAACACUGUGAUAUAUUUCUUUUGGCACUGACCUUGAACUUGAAGGCUUGUAAAGAGUCACAGACUGCAGUUCCAGCUUGCCACAGCUGCAUAAGGCUGAGGGCACUGUAGCUAUAUGAGGACCUUAUCCACCCUAUGCUGAUAUCUGUGGGCUAUACAGCAGGCUUUGAAGCCAUCCAGGGAAGAGAAGAGAGGUCUGUAAUACCCACUGUUUGUGAUACCUGAGGGGUUCUGUGAGCCCCAGGGGCCAACACUGCUGCAGAGAAGAGCAGUGAGAAAAUACAUGUAGCCUUUUACUUAUUCUAGGAUCUUCUAAAGACCAUGUAGCCAGUCUCCAAAAGGAGUAAUCUUUUUAAAAAACAAAAAUGUUCCAUGAUUUUAAAUGUUUUUAAGGCUGUAUCCUGAAUUUCAUGGCAUUUUGCAGGUUUUGUGCUUGACUCCCACAUUUUGGCCUAGGAAGCUUCGCGAAAGACUGUAUUAAAGAGUUAUUUAAACAAGUUA